AUGGCAACAGUUGGCGCCUUCUUCUACUCCCAGCUAUUCGUCACGCCGCCCAAACCCACCACAGACCUCACAGGCAAAACCGUCCUCGUCACGGGCUCCAACGUAGGCCUAGGCAAAGAAGCCGCACGCCACUACACGCGCCUCAACGCCUCGACCGUGAUCCUCUGCGUGCGCUCGCUGGAAAAAGGCGAAGCUGCGCGCCUCGACAUUGAAUCCAGCACGGGCCGCACCAACGUAGUCAAAGUCAUGCACCUCGACAUGUCGUCGUACGCCUCAGUCCUGGACUUUGCCCGCCAAGCCAGCGAGUCGCUGUCACGCCUCGACAUUGCCAUCCUCAACGCGGGCGUGCUGCGCAAAACAUGGGAAAUCUACGAGCAGGACGAAUCCACCAUCACCGUCAACGUCGUGUCUACCUUCCUGCUCGCCUUUGCGCUGCUGCCCAAGAUGCGCGACACAGCAACAAAGUUUAACACAAGGCCCACGCUCACCAUUGUCAGCUCAGAAGUCCAUCACUGGACAAAGUUCAAGGAGCGCCUCGCCCCCGAAGGCCACCUUUUCGAGCGCCUCAAUCAGAAGGAGGUUGCUGGGAAGAAGGUCAGUAUGCAGGAUAGGUACAUGGUGAGUAAGCUGCUCGAAGUGCUGUUUGUACGCGCGUUUUGCGAGAGGAAUUCCGCCGAGCGUGUCCCGGUUACGGUUAACCUGAUUAAUCCGGGGCUGUGCCAAUCUGAAUUCGGAAGAGAAGCUCCCUUCUUCGAUGCCAUAUUCCGCUUCCUCCUGGGCCGCACCACCGAAGUCGGCAGCAGGACCCUCGCGCAUGCGGGACUCCAGGGCGCAGAGUCCCACGGCAAGUACCUCAGUGACUGUAAGAUUGAGGAGCCUAGCAGUUAUGUGAGGAGCGCGGAGGGCAAGAAGGAUCAGCAGAGGGUGUGGACCGAGUUGGUGGCCAAGUUGGAGGCAAUCAAGCCUGGCAUUACCGAGGGAUAUUGAUUUUUUGAGGUGCGUAUAAUAUGCGUUCUUGUUACUUGAUAGCGUCGUGCGGGUCCAGUAUAGCGUUACUGUGGGUCUUUUGUAAGAAUUGCUUGGUCAAGGUUACUUCAGAUGAUAUAUAUAUAUAUGAUUAUGACUU